AAACCCUAGCUAACUUGCAUCCCUCGUUUCCUUCUCUCUCCUCGUCGUGAACCCUUUGAGUUUGUAGCAGAAGCCGCAGCCGCAGCAAGCCAGCAACAGCACUUCGUAAUUCGUGCACAAACCUCAUAGCAACAAUGGCGGACAAAGCAGUUACUCUCAGAACUCGCAAGUUCAUGACUAAUCGUCUCCUUUCACGGAAACAAUUCGUCAUCGAUGUUCUUCAUCCUGGUCGCGCCAACGUCUCCAAGACGGAGUUGAAGGAAAAACUAGCUAGCAUGUAUGAUGUCAAAGAUACAAAUUCUAUCUUUGUCUUCAAGUUCCGUACUCAUUUCGGAGGAGGUAAAUCGACUGGAUUUGGUUUGAUUUACGAUUCCGUUGACAGUGCAAAGAAGUAUGAACCAAAGUACAGGCUGAUCAGGAAUGGGUUGGCAACAAAGAUUGAGAAAUCCAGGAAACAGAUGAAGGAAAGAAAGAACAGGGCCAAGAAGAUUCGUGGUGUUAAGAAGACCAAGGCUGCUGAUGCUGGAAAGAAGAAAUGAGGAAUUGGUGUUAUUGAAAAUGCUGUAUACAUGGUUGGAGUUCUGUUUUUGGCGCUUCUUCCUUUGCAAUCGUUCUUGAUUUUCUUUGUUUUUGUUACUCGUUUACUCUAAUUAGUGAUAGUGACUAGUGAAAGAUUGUGUGACUGCUGCAGUGAGAAUGUUCUAAAACUUCUAUCAAAAUUUUCAUGAAAUUUUUGACUGGUUA